AUGACGAGAAAAAGUGGGUUUCCAGAUAGCAUUUCGCAGAGCGCUUUGCACGUACCGCGGCGUUUUCGUGACGACCGGUCAAUGAGCUGGUUGCUGAGUGAAGGUGAGGAUAUUGAGCGGAACAGAACAAGACGCCGAGCGAGCAAUGGCAGAACUGGAAAAAAUAAGCCGCGCGUGUUUUGCCACAUGCGGCGAAGUCGAGCAGCAAGGGACGCUGAAUUGUACUACUGGCAAUUUGAAAGGGUGGAUCGACCGCUGUGCGAUGUGGACAUCAACAAGUAUCCGUACAAAUUAGUCCGUGACGGAUUACUACCGGAGGAUGAACUUCAAGGCGAGAGGCAGCAGUAUCAACGGAUGCUCUUUCAAAACUGCCAGCAGCAGUGGCGGCAAGAUGGGCAAAAAGACGGCAUGGUAUCGUCACAAGAUCAACAACAACAACAGUCCGAAUUCGCUAAGUGCUUUCUGGAAUGUUUCGAUACCGACUACGUUCGAACGGCGGCAGCAGCUCUGCAAGGCACAAAAGUCGUAGGUGAAUUAAGGGUGGCCGCAUGUUUUGGACAGACUCUAUUGCACCCUGACACUCUGUCUACCAGCCAAAAGUACUACUUGAACGACUUGCGCGACGUUUGUCCUCGUGACGUCCAGACGACCUGGUCAAAUGUAUGUGAUGAUGGAUCACCGUUGAUCUUUGGGCUAAUCGAUCAACUGCGUCAAACUGAGCCAGUCAAGACGCAAGUCUCGGCGCUAAAACUAACGGUGCGCUGCUUGUCGAGACCAGGCUCUAGUCCACGAGUUGCCAAUCUUGAUUAUUUUCGCAAAGGUGACGAGUGGGUACACGUAGGCUCUCGCGCCAUGUCGGAUGUGCUCGCUUACCAUGACAUUUCGCUCGACAAUUGCACGAGCUUUCGCGUGAAAGUGUACGCUGAAAUACUAGGAUCGACAAACGCUUGGUGGGGUUCGGUCCAUAACCUCGUGCUACUGGACGAGUCCAAAGGAGAUCCCUUUUCAACCAAGGCCAGUCUCGUGUCAUGCGGUCGAAAAGAUAUCGCCAUCGACUUUGUUACCGUCAAAAAUGUGUCGAGUGUGUUGGAAUACCGCGGACUAUGCUUCCAGCUGUGUGCGAAGCAAGGUUGUACCUUCCUGAAAGCGUCUCUUCCGACCGAGAGGGUGAAGAAGAAGCAAGCGGACAAAAGCUUUGAGUAUAUGGUCAAGAGGUUGUUGGAGAUUCUCGGUCAAUCGCUUUGA